ACCCGGCACGCUGUGGCGCGAAAAGUCUGCAUUGGUGAAGUCGGUGUUAGAGGAGGAAGACACACCGUCAGAGUCUGUUCAGGUUUUAAAGUUUCUAUAAGUGAAUAAAGAAUCACUCAAAAUGGCAACCGACGUCGUAGAUGACCAGGAGAUGAGAGAGGCUCAGAGGGAUUAUCUGGACUUUCUGGACGACGAUGUAAGUUUGACUUAAAUCUGUUUAGUUUUAUUGUAAAGGGAUGUGAUGAGAAACCAUGCGGUGAAAACAAAAGAAUCAUACCUUAGUUCAGUUUUAGCAUUAAAAUGAACGGUAUUUGUAAAUGCAACGACUUUCUGUGAGCAUUAAUACACAGGGGUUCAAGUUUGUGUAACCGAUAAACUUAGUAUGUUUAUUUUUUGUCUUUAAACUUAAGAUGUCAGUGUCUUAUUGUCUUGAUACUUGAAAUGUCUUCCUACUCACCUUAUGUCCAUUUCCACAGCAAGAUCAGGGGGUUUACCAGAGCAAAGUCCGGGACAUGAUCAGUGAAAACAAAGCUCGACUCAUCGUCAACAUUAACGACCUGAGGAGACGAAACGAGGCCCGAGCUGCAAAGUAAGGAAACAAGGACUGAUCCAUCUCUGACCAGUUUUCUCCUUUUACACAUUUCCUUUUGUGCAACUUUUACUCCUACAAGUUUUGUCAGAGCUGACUAAACCUUCUGCAUACAAAAGACAUUAAAGGGAUAUUCAGGUGUAAAAUCAAUUUAGGGUCAAACACACACCCCCUCGAGAGAUGAAUGUUGUAGACUUCCAGCAGCCGCUUGUUUGUAUGGAGACCUCGGGCGAGUCCAUCCACUGUAGCGGGGUGACGCAGCUUAAGGAAGAACAUUUGUGAUCAUUCCUUCAUUUUCUUGAAGUUACAAUCAUCAUAUUAAUCAUUUUACACGGCAGACGCGGUAGUUCCUCUGCCUUAGCGUUUUAGUCCGAUUGUAUUUCCAUGAAGAAAUGAUCAUAAAUGUUCUUCCUUGAGCUGCGUCACCCCGCUGUAGUCCAUAAUGGACUGGCCCGAGGUCUCCAUACAAACAAGCGGCUGCUGGAAGAGAGUAGGUGAGUUGUGUUUAGUCUCUUUGCUAAAGAAAUGAGUCAAAGUUAAAGAUGUUUGGUGGCUAGUACUAUUGCUGGGACCCUAUAUGUACUGUUGAUGAAGUUAGGUGCUGUUCUGAGCAUUAUUUGUAGCUAUAGAGUGGCGUUUUGGUUGAGCAUGUGGCUCUCUGUAUUGCUAUCUGUGGUCUUUACUAAAGUUGGUAUAACUAGAGAAGCAAGCAGUCGGCAAUAUUCAUCCUUCAAGGGGGUUUCUAACUCUUUAUCCCUUUUAAGAGUUUGCUGUUGUCAGAUUAAACUUCAUAAUUUUAGCCUUUAAACCAAAUGUUGUUCUUGUCUCUUCUAGAUUAAUGAGCAAUGCGUUUGAGGAGCUGCUAGCCUUCCAGCGGGCACUGAAGGACCUCGUUGCCACAGUAGACGCCACCUACGCCAAGCAGUAUGAGGAGUUCUUCAUCGGCCUGGAGGGCAGCUUUGGUUCCAAACACGUCACCCCGAGAACUCUGACCUCUCGUCUGUUGGGAAGCAUGGUCUGUGUGGAGGGAAUCAUCACCAAGUGUGGGUUGAUUAUUUGAUGCUCCUGUGUCUAUUUUCUCUAAAGUUUUGAUUUCCUUGUAAAGAAAUUUAAAGAAACAUUUUGAAUUUUCACCGUAUCGUCCUGCAGGCUCUCUGGUGCGUCCUAAAGUUGUGCGUAGCGUCCACUACUGCCCGGCCACCAAGAAGACGAUGGAGAGGAAGUACACUGACAUGACCUCAUUGGACGCCUUCCCCUCCAGUGCGAUCUACCCCACUAAAGUAAUUAUCACCUCUAUGAUCCCAGAGUGUGAGAGUCUUAAAUAUCACAUCAUCAGCGGUGGUUAUUUCACGUGUCCUCCCUCUCUCUACAGGAUGAAGAAAACAACCCUCUGGAGACCGAGUUUGGCCUCUCCAUCUACAAGGACCACCAGACCAUCACAGUCCAGGAGAUGCCAGAGAAAGCACCCGCUGGUCAGCUGCCCCGUUCUGUGGACAUCAUCCUGGACAACGACCUGGUGGACGUGGUCAAACCCGGGGACAGAGUGCAGGUCGUCGGGACGUACCGCUGCCUGCCUGGCAAAAAGGGCGGGUUCACCUCGGGCACGUUCAGGUGAGGAUGAAAGAAAUCCGCAGCUGUGCUCUGAGUGUCUGCUGGAGGUGAAAGUUUAACUCUCGUUUUGUUUGAUGUUUGCGAAGGACCAUCAUGAUCGCCUGUCAGGUCAAGCAGAUGAGUAAAGAAGUGUCGCCCCACUUCUCUGCGGAUGACGUCGCCAAAAUCAGGAACUUCAGGAAGACUCGCUCCAAGGUAAGACGUGAAACCCCGCCCACUCCGCCUAGGUCAGAUGAUCCUAUUCUUGACUGACUGAUCAUCAAAUUCUCGUUCUGCUUUUUCUUGUAGGAUCUAUUCGAUCAGCUGGCCCGUUCCUUGGCGCCCAGUAUCCACGGUCAUGAGUACAUCAAGAAGGCCAUCCUCUGCAUGCUGCUGGGCGGCGUGGAGAAGGUUCUGGAGAACGGAUCACGCAUCAGAGGAGACAUUAACGUCCUCCUUAUCGGUACUAAGAGUGUUUCUGGUUAUGCGCUGCUUCAGCCGGGUCCACUCUCUCUCUCUCUCAUAACUCUCAUUCCUCUUUUUUUUUUUAGGUGAUCCGUCUGUCGCAAAGUCCCAGCUGCUGCGUUACGUCCUUCACACGGCGCCCAGGGCCAUCCCCACCACCGGCAGAGGGUCUUCUGGAGUGGGUCUGACUGCAGCGGUCACCACCGACCAAGAGACCGGUACAAGUCGACCCUGAACACUAAAACACACCGACCAAACUUGAAACUUGACGACUCAUCGGUCUGUCUUCAUUUAUUCCUCCAGGCGAGCGACGUUUGGAGGCGGGCGCCAUGGUGCUGGCGGACCGCGGCGUUGUUUGCAUCGAUGAGUUCGACAAGAUGUCUGACAUGGAUCGAACGGCCAUUCACGAAGUCAUGGAGCAGGGAAGAGUCACCAUCGCCAAGGCCGGCAUCCACGCUCGCCUUAAUGCCCGCUGCUCUGUGCUGGCGGCCGCCAACCCCGUUUACGGCAGGGUGAGAACUCGUCCGACUCGAACCUCUUUGACACGAUGAUCAUCUCUCUCCUAUUUCCGUCUCUAAAACUGUCGCUUGUUUUCUUUUACAGUACGAUCAGUAUAAAAGCCCGAUGGACAACAUCGGCCUGCAGGACUCCCUCCUGUCCCGUUUUGACCUCUUGUUCAUCGUCCUGGACCAGAUGGACCCUGAGCAGGACCGGGAGAUCUCUGAUCACGUGCUGAGGAUGCACCGCUACCGUGACCCCCGUGAGCAGGAGGGAGCAGGUACUGAGCAGCAGGAUUUAGUCUCAUUUUGAAGUGUGUGGGUCAUUUUAUCACGUCUUUAAUUUUUUUGAUCUUGUUUGUGUUUUAGCCAUGGCUCUGGGCGGGUCAGUCGACGUUCUGGCUACAGAUGAUCCAGAUGCGGUGGCGCAGGAGCAAGAGGAGCUGCAGAUCUACGAGAAACACAACAACCUGCUGCAUGGAACCAAGAGAAAGAAGUACGGGAUGAAAAAACAUCAUGGGAGAACUGUUUCUAAAAAAAACGUUCUAAGUCCAGAUUUUAUUCCAAAAGUUCUUAAAAUCAUCGAAGUUUCCAAAUAAAGUUUUAUUUUCCUUUUUUCUUUUAAGGGAAAAGGUUUUAAGCAAGGAGUUCAUGAGAAAGUACAUCCACAUCGCCAAGGCUGUGACACCUGUGCUGACGGAGGAGGCGGCCAAUCACAUCGCAGAAGAGUACUCCAGGCUAAGAAGCCAGGAGCAGAUGGGCGCUGAUAUCGCCAGGGUGAGAACACACACACACACACCUAUCUAAAAAGGGGGUCACACAAGCAGAUCUUGACUGUGUUCGUUCUCCUCUCCAGACCUCUCCAGUGACGGCUCGUACUCUGGAGACUCUGAUCCGUCUCUCCACGGCGCACGCCAAAGCCCGGAUGAGCAAAGCGGUGGAGAUGGAGGACUCGGAGGUCGCCGUGGAGCUCGUUCAGUUUGCCUACUUCAAAAAGGUCAGCGCCGCCUCCUGAUGUGAAAGAUUUCUUCCGCUGUGAGAUUACAAUCAAGCUGAUCCGGGACUUCUCGUUCGCUUUUUCAGGUUUUGGAGAAAGAGAAGAAACGUUCGAGACAGGAGCGGGACUCUGGUUCAGAGGAGGAGGAGGAGGCGGAGUCCACGCAGAACUCACAGAAAACGACAAGGAAGAGGUAGACUGAAAAUGAAACUCAACACUUAAAGAAAAAUCAUCACUCCUGGUUUGGUUAUUAAAUAGACUGACUCGUUUGUCCUGCAGGGGGCGACGUGGUUCUCAGGGCAGUGAGCCCCUCAGCCCGUAUGACUUCAGCGAGGAUCAGGAUGUCCCAGAGAGUAAGUGUCAGAGCUUUUCAACCACAGUUCUAUUCCUCAUGAUGAAUAGGUUUCUGAGAGUAACUCCCACUAAAUGAAUCACUUUAAAAACAGUUUUUAUUUCAGUAUUUGUAACACCUCUGAUAAAAACACCGAAAAGAUGAAUAAUCAGAGACUUCAGAGAGUGUUGAGGUCAGGGGCAAGAACUUUAAAACAUCACUACAGCCACAGAAAGAGCAAUAUGAGUUAUAGACAAUGUUGGCUUUCAGGAAAACACACUUCUUACGUCUGCAGUCCAAGUUGUUAAAAUUCACAAACUUUGUGGAAUAUCAAACCGCUCAAAUAAUGUUUAUAGCUAAAAAUAAUCAUCUACCAAUAAAUAUACAGAAAUUAUUCAGUUUGCGUGUGGGAAGUUAUGAUUUAAGGGGGAAAAUUAACUUUAAUCUUUAAUUCGGACAAAGAGUGAGGGUUUUUGCGUUUCACCAGCCCUGUUUGCAUGGGUCCAAAAAUCCUAUUUACAAUCAGAUUGAAAGGUCAAUCAGGUUUAAAAAGUCUCAUAUAAACACCUUAGCCAAUUGUUAUGAGGUAAUUGUUUUUGUUUAUUUUUUGUUUCUUGUUCUGUUGUUUCUAUGUGUGUGCUGUAUGACGUAGAUGUAGAUUUUGUUUUGUAAUACAAAGUCAUGAACGUACUUUAUCAUAAUUAUAAGAUACAUCUACUCAAGCUGCAAGGAAGCUUGGUGUGGGUACUUAUUUGUUAAUUUUCUUGAUUUAUUUUAUAUAUUUUUUGUUUGCAUAUUUGAAAUAAACUUCAAUCAGUUAAAAACUUCAGAUUCAAACGGUUGGAUUAAGACAAAAAAAAAGUAAUCACUCUCCGUGUCUGCUUUAACUUCUUUUAAUAGCGCACAUGCCUUCAAAUGUUACAUAUUUAGUUUAUUUGCUUUCUAAAUGGCCUUUUAUCCUCUUUUAGUUCAAGCCGGCACCCCGAAACCAGCAAAGAAACCAAGAGAGGAGGAAGAAGAAGCCAUGGACGCCACCCCACAGACCGGGGACUCUGAGCUGUCUGCAGAGAGGUCAGUAAUGGAGUCACAUGAAACUAGAAUUACACGCCUGAUCAGGGUUAAGGACUAGCACUGAUUUAAUGUAGUUAAAAUCAAGUUUCCGGUCUUAUUUAUUUCAGUUUAAAAUCUGAACACCUCUGUCUUUGUGUCCUCCACCAGGAUGAAGGAGUUCAAGUCCUCCCUGUUCGCCGUCUUCCAGUCCGCACACGCUCAGUCUGUGAAGAUGCAGACCCUGAUGGACAACAUCAACAAGGAGCUGCAGAGCCCCUUCACAGAGCCCGAGGUUCGGACCGCUUUAGCCCGCAUGCAGGACGACAACCAGGUCAUGGUGGCCGACGACAUCAUCUUCCUCAUCUGAGAACUCUGUUUUAUAAUUCCAUGUACAUAUUUGUCCAGGUUUAUUCCUCCUCCAAACUGUUUAUUUUUGCCCGAUCUGCCGUCAAAAGUUCCUCUAACGAAUGACAACAGUGUAAAAAGUUUAAGUCUUCAUUGUUUAUCUGCUUAUUCCUGUUCAGAGGUCGUCAUGUUGGGUUAUAACGUCUGUGUUUUAAUUGAUCGUGCAGUAAAUGAACAUCUUAGUCCAUUAUACACCAUACAGAGGACAUUAUUGGUAGUUUAUCAGCACUUGUGUUGUCUGAAUUUGUAAAUAGUUAAAACGAGUAUUUUGAAAAUGUUAAUCAGCUGUAGUAAAAAAAGAAAAGCUUAUUAAACAUGUCUUGGAACAAAAACA